AUGUACUUGGAACCUGGAACUGUCAUUCGAAGUGUAGGGAAUCCAGUCCAGGAAGCUAACAUGAUGAUGGAUCCGAAUUUCGAGAUUGCGGAUCUUCCAGUAAAGCUUGAAUUGCGUUACGUCAUAGAAUCAAAGAUGGCGGCUCAUGGCGUGGAAUGUCCGAAAGUUGAUUACCGCACAAAAGAUCUCAAGAACCAACAAGUAUUUGUGUGCUCCUUUAUUUUUGGGCAUUUUUUAAAAUCGUUAAAAUGUCAUUUUUUGCCUUAAGUUUCAGCUAAUAGUCUAAAUCAGUUUAUUGUUUUGCAUAUUUUAAUAAAAUACUGUUUCCCGAUAUGGUGACCGCAGCUUGACAUUGAAAUGUUUUUCCUUAGCAAGCGUGAUCGUCAGGAAAGGCGAUCGAAAACUAUGUAAAACAUCGGUAUCUCUUGCCGCAAAAGACACGGGCUAGCAACUGUGAUUUGUGAAACAAGGAGAUACAAUGCCGCAAGCCAAGGAAUUUGUAAUCACUAAUGGCGAAUGUUGUUUCUUUUAACUUGCUUACCGUUUCAAAACUUUACCUUGCAUUCCACGGAACGUGAUAACCCACAUCGUAUAAUUUUGCCAUAAACGGUUUGUAGCUUGCCAUGUACGGCCUUUGUUACAUCUCUGAGCGGUCCGUGCAAACAGGAAAAUGUAAACCCUAAAGGAAGAAUAGAAAGUUUUCAGGCGAAUAAGCAUUUUAAAAAAUAAUAGAACAGAACAAACGAAGGUUUGUCCAGACUACAAUUACCUUAGAAGUCUUAUUUUUGGCAGCUGAAAAAGUACUGCAAGCCAAGAGCGGGUGUAUGACUCCGUGCCGAGGAUAAUAAAUAGAUUUAGCCAGAGCUAAAAGCGAAGCUCUCGAUAAUAUUUAAAGUUUGUCCAAACCAAAUAUAGAAUCGUGUAGUGCUAAGCGGCGAAGGCAACGCCGGAGAACGGUGAAAAACAACAAUAGGUCUAAUUAGCAAAAAAGCAACUUUGCUCGUGCAAAAGUGUAGCACACUUUUUUUGUACAUUUCUUUGCCGUUGUUUUGAACGACUUCAAUGUGAAACUUCCAGAAACUUCUUUGUUACACGCUUUUUGGAGGAAAUGUCGUACGUGUUUUCGUUCACCUUUUUUUUCACUGCCGCUCAUUUUCACCUUGCAUAUUGUUCGCCACUUGCAUUUCUCAUUUUGUCACCGCCGCUACAAAGUUUUCAUGUUGUUCUUCCAACAAAAAGAAAUGUCUCCUUUGUUUUUUUUUUUUCGGCUUGAGCUUGGCUGGCCUGCCGCCUACUUUCUCUUUUUCUUUGUCUUUCUCUUGCUCUAUAUUCUAAAUUUGUGGAUAUGACAAUUAAUCUAUUAAGCUUAGUACUUUAGACACCAAAGAUAAAGAAACAAUCUCCGCUUUCCGUUUUCGUCUUUAUUGACUGUUUAGUUGUCCCUGCUUUACAAGACGCCCGUGGCUAUGCGAUUUCCCGCCAAAAUAACCUCGAGUUGCAUUUGCGUUGCCAUACCUGUUGAUUGAGUUCGAUCGCUCGGUGUACGGUCACGUGAUUACCAAAUUUUCUAGGAUGGGUAGAUUUACUUGCGCUCAUGGAGCUCGGCUAAAAAGUUAUUUUAAUAAGUAUCUGGAUGGUAUGAUUCAGAAAAUGUCCUCCUAUUCAGAACAAAACUUAUUUUAAUUACUCGUACUAGUAACCGGCAAUGGUGCACAAACAAAUUUAUACUAGAGACGAAUUUUACUACAUAAUUUGUCUAGGUAUUUUAAGCGGGAAACGACCGCGGGAAACAGGAAACAUUGUGAAAAUGUAGAAACCAGUCCCUCUCAUGUGGAAAUUACCUCAAAAACCCGUCUACGUUCCGUCUAGAUAUAAAUUUAGAGACAGAUAAUCCGUCUAAGACGAAUUAUCCGUCUGUUAGCGCGUCUUGAAGACGUGCUAAUAGACGAGUCAGCCUCAGACGAAUUUUACUCCAUAAUUCGUCUUAGCACCGAAUUUAUACUAGAGACGAAUUAUCCGUCUGAGACGGAUAAUCCGUCUAGAAGGAUAAUUCGUCUCUAGUAUAAAUUCGACCAAUGAUAAGAUAAAAAUAUGAAUGUUAAGGAUAAAACUAUUAGUUUCUCUUGAAACGGGAAAACUCGUUGAAAAGUUGUGCAAACUUGUGUACGGCGUAUGCAGUUUCUUCGACAGAUGAAUGCUACGCUAGGCACUGGGAAUUCAUUACUCAUAAACGAUCAUUUAAUACUAUUGGCAUCAUGUAACCUCAGAAAAAUCAAGUAUAAUCGCUCCACUUAAAUCUAACUGCUUAACCCAACCAUUCUUCCCGCUUGGACACUUAACGCCAAGUGGUUACAUACAACGGUUGCCGAUUCCGAGUCUAAGAGUGGUCUAAUACACGCCUGGGAGGUUGUAAACAGAUGCUACAGAAGACCAUUCAUUGUCGGCCGGUAUGAACCUGUUAAACACUCUGACACCGUAACACUAAUUACAAUUUUCGCGCCAAUUUUCCUUGCGGGUGGGAGGGGGGGGGGGCUCUGAAUCAUUGGAAGGAUAAGAUAAAAUUAUGCAAUUAGUUCCAAAACAGGUUGAAUUAUCUUCCUAACUAAAAACCACCUUGUUUGGUUCGUUUAAAUGUUGGCAGACGAAAGCACAUCGUACAUAUCAAGAGAUCUUAAUUUAUAAAGAUGUAAGAAUUUAAGUAGAAAGUGUUUGUACGUUAUUUAAGUAAACUUCUCCCCCGGAAAACAACCUGUCAUGAUCUAUCUAUGACUUAUGUUUAUGUAAGAGGUGCUUAGCUGAUUCUUCGUCAGCUUUUUCAAGAAGCUGGGGGAAUUAUGUUAUUUUAUAACAUCCUAUAUUUAGUUGUAUUUCUUCUGAGUUCUUCUUCCUUUCUUAUCUUCAUAUGUUCGUUGGCGACUUUUUCUUUCCAUUGAUGCAGCUCACCCCCGAAGAAGAACAGAGACGGAAGCUUCGACGAGAACGGAACAAGGUGGCUGCUUCGAAAUGUCGGAUGAAGCGAAAGGAACAUGUAAACACGCUGAGAAAGGUUGGUGCCCGAUAUAUUUAUUCUCUCGAGAGAGACUGUUCAGUUGUUCUUAAAUACUUCAGUAAUAUAUAUUUAGCAAACAAAGCUUUUCUGGCUGCUGGUGAUUUGUUGCUUGCAACGAGUCCCUAGGUAGUAGAAAACAAAAUUGUGACAGUUUGACAACAAUCGUUCAAUCCACCAGUAAGCCAGAGCGAUUUUUGGUACUGACUUCAUGUGACUUGGUGGUACUGACAGUGAGCGCUAAAGGCCCAUGUUACCAAUUUAAGUGGCCUGUCAAUGGUAGGUGUGCAGAUCUUGUUUACUGCUCUUCUGUUUAUAAACCGAUCUUUGUCCUUGACUGUCUGACGUUUGUUACAGUCGUCGUAAGGUAGUGGUCGGUUUCGUAUGCUGUAAGGUUACAGGAAAAGUGGAACUGUUUCAGCUGAGGUAUGGAAAUUAGUCGAUAUCGUAACUGGACCAUGCAGGUUAACGCUUGUAUUUUAUUUAGUUCGCCGUUCCUUCAAGUGUUUCGUCUAACAAAUGCGCGUUGUUGUUUUUACUGAAAACGCUGCCUGGGUAUUCUGUUUCGUCGUGUUGGCUGUCAGGCAUCACUAGCUGCCCCUGGUCAUUCGCCCCGGCUUUCUUUCAUUUAUAAUACUACAAGAAUUCUUCCGGCGUAAAUAACCCCUAUAAUAUUUUCAGUUGUGUUCUGUCUUUUUCAGGCCUCGGAAGAGUUGGAAGCGGCCAAUAGUCAGCUGGAAUCUGAAAUCGCUUACCUCACAGCCGAGAGAGAACAACUUGAAAUGAUGCUCGAUGCGCAUGUCUGUAAUAUGGAGAAAGUCACUGGCCGAGGACCUGCUUAAUCACAGCUGCAACUUUUAGAUGUUGUCUUUACGAAUAUGUUGACGGAUGUCUCCACCAGCUACGACGUGAUAUUUUUGAAAUGCUCAAGAAAGAA